AUAUAUAUUGAGAAACAUAGGAUAGAAUCAAAAUUACAAAACACAAUUAUCUCCCUUCACUUGAGAAACCAAACAUAAUGUUUUCUCAAAGAGAAAUGCCUUCACCAUCUACAAUUUUCUCAGCUUAUGCAUCCAUGACAGCUUCCAUCAUGCUGCUUCGUUCCAUGGCACAAGAACUCAUCCCUCAACCAAUUCGUGGCUACCUUUACAACACCUUCCGCUACCUCAUUAAACCACGUUCCCCUACACUCACACUCAUCAUAGAAGAAUCAACAGGCAUAACACGUAACCAAGUUUAUGAUGCAGCUGAGUCUUAUCUCUCAACUAAAGUCACCCCUGAAAAUGAAAGACUCAAAAUCAGCAAAGUCCCAAAAGAGAAAAAACUCACUAUUCGGUUAGAAAAAGGCGAAAAAUUAACCGAUAUUUACAACGGUUUUCCUCUCAAAUGGAGAUUCAUUUGUGCUGAAACUGAGAAAAACAGUGCAAAUGAUAUGCACAACAAUAAUAACAGUGUAUCUGUUAGAUCAGAGAAAAAAUAUUUUGAACUAAGUUUUCACAAAAAGUAUAAGGAAGUUGUUUUGGAUUCUUAUCUUCCUUUCAUUCUUGAUAAAGCUAAAGAAAUGAAAGAUGAAGAAAGAGUGUUGAAAAUGCAUACAUUAAACACUGCUUAUUGUUAUAGCGGUGUGAAAUGGGAUUCAAUAAAUCUUGAACAUCCUUCAACAUUUGAAACACUUGCUAUGGAGCCAGACAUGAAGAAUGUUAUUAUAGAAGAUUUGAACAUGUUUGUGAAGAGAAGAGAGUUUUAUAAGAAAGUUGGUAGGGCUUGGAAACGUGGUUAUUUGUUGUAUGGUCCUCCAGGAACUGGGAAAUCUAGUUUGAUUGCUGCUAUGGCUAAUUAUUUGAAGUUUGAUAUAUUUGAUCUUCAACUUGGUAACAUUGUUAGAGAUUCUGAUCUUAGAAAGUUGCUUCUUGCUACUGCUAAUAGGUCUAUUUUGGUUAUUGAAGAUAUUGAUUGCAGUAUUGAUAUUCCUGAGAGGAGGCAUGGAGAAGGACGUAAACAGCAAAAUGAUAUACAGUUGACACUAUCUGGAUUAUUGAACUUUAUAGAUGGAUUAUGGUCAAGUUGUGGAGACGAGAGAAUCAUCAUAUUUACAACUAACCACAAAGAAAGAUUGGAUCCAGCACUUUUAAGGCCAGGAAGAAUGGACAUGCACAUUCACAUGUCUUAUUGUUCUUAUGAAGGUUUCAAAAUUUUAGCUUCAAACUACUUGGAUAUUUCCCAUGAUAACCCUUUCUUUGGAGAGAUUGAAGGACUAAUUGAAGACAUACAAAUAACACCUGCACAAGUUGCCGAGGAAUUGAUGAAGAACGAAGACGCGGAGGCGACGCUGGAAGGAUUUGUGAAGUUGUUGAAGAGGAAGAAAAUGGAAGGUGAUGUGUGUGAGAAUAAUAACAAUAAAAUAGAACAACAGUCUAAAAAGCGUAAGGUGGUUGGUUGCAAGCAAAAACGAGGUGGUGGGAAUAGCAAGAGCAAUGUUGUUGUUACUCAAAGAAGGACAAGAGGUUAUAAAAGAGGUUCUAGUUUGUAAUUGUGUUCAGCUAUGGACAUGAUCAAAUAAGAUUGUUAGAGCUACUACUAAUUGUGUCUAGAAACAAAAAUGUUGCUUAUCAAGGCUUAAGGUUUUAAUUUGUUUGUUGUUAUCUUUUGCUAAGUAAAAGGCUAGUAAGUUUCUAUCCAAACUGUACUAGAACUCUUUAACAUAUAUAUCAGAAGUAAAGAAUGGGGGACAAAUUGUGUUUGAUA